AUGGCCUCAGCAACUCCAUCACGGAAAAUGGAAGAAGAAGCCACUUGUUCCAUCUGCCUGGAGUAUCUGGCAGAGCCGGUGACCAUAGACUGUGGACACAACUUCUGCCGAGCCUGCAUCACCCAUUACUGUGAGCACGGGAAGCCUGAAUCCGGCAUUAAGUUCCCCUGUCCUGAGUGCCGAAUGCCAUUUGAGAGAGGGAAAUUCCGGUCCAACAGGAAGCUGGCCAAUAUUGUAGACAACAUCAAACAACUGAGGUUAAAGCCAGGGAAAGGACAGGAGAAUCUGUGUGAGCGACACCAGGAAAAACUCAAACUCUUCUGUGAGGAGGAUGGAGAAGCCAUCUGUGUGAUUUGCAGGGAGUCCCGGGAUCACCGAGAUCACGUUAUGCUCCCCAUUGAGGAGGCUGCCCACGAUUACAAGGUGAAACUCCAGGAAGCCCUGGGCCCUCUGUUGAUGGAGCUGGAGAAGGCCCUGGCGCUGACAUCCGAAGAGGAGAAGAAAUCCAUGGAGUGGCAGGGCAAAGUGGAGAAUUGGAGACGGUCGAUCACACGUGAAUUUAAGAAACUGCACCAGCUUCUGAAUGAAGAAGAGCAGCUGCUCCUGCGGAGGCUGGCGGAGGAGGAGAGGGAGAUUCUGCAGAGACUACAGGACAAUAUCACAAAGCUCUCGGAGCAGAGUGCUGCACUGAUCAAUCGCAUCACAGAGCUAGAGGAGAAGUGUCAGCAACCAGCCGCUGAGCUGCUGCAGGGUGUGAAAAGCGCAUUGAUCAGGAGUGAGCGUGUGAAACUCCAGCCACCAGAAACCGUUUCUCCUGCCCUGAAGAGCGGGUAUAAAAUCUGCCUUGACAUGAGGGAAAUGCUGGAGAGAUUCACCGUGGACGUGACUCUGGAUCCAGACACAGCAAAUCACUGGCUUGUCCUGUCUGAGGAUCGGAAAUGUGUGAGACGCGGAGACACAUGCCAGGAUCUGCCCAACAACCCUGAGAGAUUUGAAACUUCUGCCUGUGUCCUGGGCGCUGGGGGGUUCGCCAGCGGGUGGUGUUACUGGGAGGUGGAGGUGGGACACAAGACUGAAUGGGCUCUGGGGGUUUGUAGGGAAUCUGUGAGCAGGAGGGGGCAGGUCACAGCAUCACCUAAACAUGGAUAUUGGAUAUUGUGUUUGAGGAGUGGGAAAUACAAGGCCCUGACCUCCCCUCCAACCCACCUCCCCGUGAGCAUCAGCCCCAGCCGGGUGGGGGUUUUCCUGGACUGUGAGGGGGGCGAGGUCUCAUUUUACAAUGUGACUGACAGGUCCCAUCUCUUCACGUUCACUGACACCUUCUCCGGAACGCUCCGUCCUUGCUUCUAUCCUGGUUACAAUGCUGGGGAUACAAACCUCACUCCCCUGAUAAUCUGCCCAGUCCCAGCUCAGGCCAGAGGGAAUUUCUGGUGUGUACAGUGA